GGCGUAUCGGGCAUUAUCAUUUAAGUGUUGACCCUCCAGUCCAGAAUAUAGCAGAGAACUGGAUUGUUGCGACCAUCAGGUGGCGCAAAGGCAUAGAUGUGACGAAUUUGUAAGAAUUAAGUCAUUUAUUUAUUUACAUAGCCAAAAAACGGACAGCCCUCUGAGGACAACCCAUUUAAAAGAUGACUGUGAUGAAAAACAAUAAUUAGUUCCUCAGUUAUUAUUUGAAGAGCUUUUACAGAGUGAAUGUUUGAUGGAACUAUAAAAGAUCUUGAAGGCGAAUUUUAACGGAGCAUUAUUAGGGCAGACGGUCAGUGAUCUUCUGUGUGCGGAUGCACUGCGCGCUUCGCUUUCUGAUGAGGCAUCCUCGGCUCUUCAACACACAGAUCCUGUAAAGAUGGAGUUUAGCGAGAGGAAAAGAAGAAGGAAAUCUCAGAGCUUCAAACUGGUCCAUGAGCAAGAACAAGAUUUUGACGCAAGGAGUUUUGACAAUGCCGUCAAUAUACAUGUCAAUGGAGCAUCAAAAGAGACUGCCAUGCCAGAAGCCUGGUUGGGUGAUGAGGGUGUGGAGAUUAAAAGACAGAUCACAGGCAUGAUGCGUUUGCUGAGUGACAAGGCCGGCCGGAUGUACCAGCGUGUGGGAGCAGAGGGAAACAGCCUCAAACAGGAGCCCCAGGAGGAGCACCUGAGCUGGGCGCAGCCGGCUGCUUUUCCCCCAGACCUGGAGGACCCCCAGAUCAGUGUCUGGAGCUCAGCAGGGGAAACAGAGCCCAGUCCCAUGUCUAUACCCAAUCCAGUCCCCAACGGCCAGGGGUCUGGCCAAUACGGCACACGCUCCAAGACCCAGAGGAUGCUCAACACAACCACCAAAGGCACAGUCAAAACUAAUGAUGUGGCUCCUGCAGUGGUAGAGGCUCCCUGCUGUAUGUGUAACUGUAAGAGCACCUUACAGGCCAUUCUACAGGAGCUACGCACCAUGAGGAGGCUAAUGCAGACACAGAAAGGUUCCCAGGAGAAGCAGGAGCACAGGGCCCCUCCCUGCCCCCCUUGCCCUGUCCCUACAGCUCCGCGUCGCAGACCCCGCAAGAGACGUCCUGUCCACAAGGUUGCUCCACUGAGUGCACCCAGCAAGAGGGCAGCUGUUCCCCCUCUCCCCCCCUCGUCCCCUGCCUGUGUACCCCUGGAGUCCGGGGGAAGGAGGGAGAGGGGGAGCAGAGAGCUGGAGAGACCUGUGCACACCCCUGCCUCACCCUCUACCUCCACCUCACCCGAGCUCUCCAUUCAAACCCUGUCCAUGCAGAACAAGCCCAUCCCUGGUGACGACACACACAAUCCUAGCUAUAGACAACCCAAAGGUCUUCAAUCCUCAGAGAGUGAGGUGCGUCUAGCGGAGGACUAUGAGGUGUUUAUUCCCAAGGCCCAGCUGGACUCAAUCCUGGUCAACUACACACGCUCUGGAAGCCUGCUCUUCAGGAAGUUGGUGUGCGCCUUCUUUGACGACACCACGCUAGCUAACUCACUGCCCAACGGCAAGAGGAAGAGAGGUCUGAACGACCAAAGGAAAGGACUGGACCAGAACAUUGUGGGAGCCAUUAAAGUGUUUACAGAGAAGUACUGCACAACUCACAGAAUAGAGAAGCUGCCAGGCCCUCGAGAUUGGGUCCAGAUACUACAGGACCAGAUCAAACUUGCCCGCAGACGACUAAAGAGAGCAGAGGCUACAGACCCUCAGGACAUCUUCAACAGACCGUGCACAGAAUCUCUUCAGCUGUCUGGAGAGAGGGAGGAGAGGGAGUUUCUAGCAACAGGCUGUGACUACAACAAGCCGGCAUGUUUGGUUAAGGUGGGGAAGAAUGUGACUGAUUGAUUCCGGUGCUGUGAAUCAACAACUUGCAAUGAAGAUACAACGCACUGUACUUUAUGUUUUUGUUGCUCCACUAACUUGAUGCGUUGUGCCACUUUAGAAAGUCCAUUUUGGAAGAUGUAUUGUUCUUUUACAGCUAUGUCAAAAUUGUAUUGUGGUUGUAGAGAAAAAACGGAACAGUGACCAAAAUAAGUUGGUUAGUGAAAUGUAGUUAGUUUCCAUGGACUGCUUUGUUUUACAUAUGCACACCACAUGCACACACACAGACACACACAGAAAUAUACACACACACACCAGUCUGACCAGUAUAGUCUAGCUGGUUCUGCUGGCUGACCAGCAAAGUCUAGCUAGUUAUGCUGGAAGACCAGCCUUCGUUGUAUUUUCACUGGUGACCUACCUGCAUUGUGUUUUUGCUGGUGACCAGCCUUCGCUGUGUUUUCGAUGGCAGACCAGCAUCUGUUGUGUUUAUGCUGGUAACCAGCCUUCGUUGUGUUUUCCCUGGUGACAAGCCUUCGUUGUGUUUUUCGCUGGUGACCAGCCUUUGCUAGGUUUUGGACACUGGUGAUCAUUGAAAAAUAUGCUAGCAGAUACCCAGAGACAUAAAAAUGGUAUCCACAAUUUCAUCUGACUCUGGGGAAGUAGAUAAAGGGGCUCAUUGCCAAAAUGUUCACGUAUCCCUUUUCACGUAUUUUGUUCGAAACAAGAUUUAUGUUAGAAAUGAAAGGAUUGUCUAGAGUCGAGGUCAUGUGGGAAACACUCCCAGCAACAAGCGAAUGUGUCUCCCCACCAUAGACCAGGGUUCAAAUCCGACACCCUUAAUGCUAUGUGUCUGUCUAAGUAAUGCAAAAAAUACUAAAUGUAGAGUGGAAUUCCACUCUCCAUAAAAUUAAUGAGUUUUUGUUUUAGUGCAGGACUUAAAUUAACACUCAGUGUAAAAUAACCACUUGGUGUUAAUAACCAGAGUUGAGCGUGAUUGUAUCAUUUCUAGUCUGUAGUAAAACACUGACACUCAAAACCACACCUAUCAUAUUUCCCAGCAUGCUUUAUUGCAGGUAUAUUUUUUUGAAUUUACUCUGGCCUUGGCAUGUGCCAAACGCUUGCAGAUACAGUGCGGGUAGGCUGUGCGGUGGUCUACAUGAUGAGAUUAUUAUGAAUAAGAGCGAGAAUAUAUUUUUGGGUCAAAUGGCAGUCAAGCAUCAAUCAUCAUGUCACCUGAAUAAUACCCUCAAUAUUUAUUGUAAAGGUGCAUCAAUAUCACUGUUCACUUUCACCACCCUGUGAAGUUCAUCAUAACCUUUUUGAUCUGUAGCCUAAUAAACUGCAUGGUUUCCUGAGUCAUAUUGGGAGGACUACACACCAUAUCAUCUCAUGAUACUUUGAAAUGAUGGUUAUCAUAUCAAUAUUUGCGCAUAAAGGCGAUUCCAACACAACUUCUUUCAUAGUUAAUUUUACCAACACAAAAAGAUUCCACCAUGUCGAACGAACAAAUGAUCUGUCAGCAUUUAUAAAAUUGUACUGAAACUACCUGUUUUCAUCACAGCUGACGUAUAUAUAUUUUUUUAAUAUGGUAUGACUUUACCCACAUUAAAACUGGAUGGAAAUAUGGUAACUGACAGUCACUCAAUUAGCCCAUGUCAACCAACAUUUUUUAGACUGCUAAAUUAGUCUAGCCAGCUAUCUAAACUUAGUAAUCAUGGUUGAAUUACAUGAUUUUGUUUAUCACUCUCCCUCAGAUAUCAUAUUAAAAACUGCAAACAUUUCUCUCCACCCUAUGGAAAAAUGUGAAGAUUUGCAGGAAAUUAGCUGUUAAAUUGUAAAAUAUUUUAUAUGCCCAAUGGAAAAAAUAUGUAGAGUGGCAAAAAAUGAUUUCAGGAAAUUAACUUUUUUCUCCUGUCCAGCGGGGACACUAAAAUGUUAGGGCCGGCUUUGACUGCAUAUGUGGGUAUGGAUGUGGUUACGCAGACCCGCAAGCCACUGUGGGCCCCUCAUGAUGAGUUCAGAUUUUUUUGUGGCCCCCAUCCCGACCCAAAGUUGCCCAUCCCUGGUUUAGGUAGUUUUCUUUGUCCAAUUCUCCCUACCUUGGCAGUCAUUCUAAAUGCAGGUUGAAAAUUCAAAUAGCUGGGUAUUACAUAUCACUUUGCAAGCCAGCAUAAUGUGACAUGCCUGUUGUGGCCUGCAAACCAGGAGUUUCAGACCACUGUGUAAGGGUAAAACUAGGCUGUUGAGGUAUAGCCUUAUGAUACCAUAUGUAAUGUAUUGUCAUGAAGGGUAACAUUUUAAGGAUACUAUAUUCACUUUGGCACUCACUUGGUGAAAGCUACUGGUUUGAUAAGAAUUAAAUGCAAAACCAUGUUUCUGUCAAUAGCUAACACAGUCACGGUGAUUCACGGGUGGUAAUUCCAAUGUUCACUAACUGGCACUCUGGGAUAUAUGCAGAUAUUUGCCCACAUUUGCAUAUAUCCCAGUGUGCUAAAUGCAUUAGCUCCAGUAAAUGUAAAUUGCACAAUUAUAAUACAAUUCAAGUUUGACCAUUUUUAAAAUUCCAAUUCCAUUCAUUGGGAUGUUUUUAUUUUCCAAUUCAAUUCCAAUUCCAUUCCAAGGAUGGUUUUGUUCUUCAAUUCAAUUCAUAUUCAGACAGUCUAAAUCCAAUCUAAUUCCAUUCCAAGGUUCAUGUUCAAUUCCAAUUCCAAUUCAGACAAUCAAAAUUCUUAUUUAAAUCAAAUGAAGUUGUUUGAAGAUUGCUGCAAUUCCAAGUAAAUUCUGUACUUCCUGCUUGAAUUCGAGAAUUGAAUUUGAAAUACAAUUGGAAUUGACCCCAACCCUGCUGGUCACCAGCGAAAACAAAACGAAGGCUGGUCACUAGUCUGUGCUGGUCUAUGCUGUUUUUUUCAGCAGGGUUGUUGUCUCUUUAUGACUGUUUAUCUGAAAACAAAGGUGGAUAACUUCCUGGUAACUCUUUGUUUUGCACUUGUAAAGUCCCUCAGUCCUACAAUAUAAAAACAACAUCUCUUCCAGGUGACAUCUUUGAACUUAUGAACCUCAAAUGUACGGAUUGCGCCUUUUAAAAUAGUUAUGGUUUUGUAUACCAUGUAGACUGUAAUGUGUUGUCUUAAUGGCAUUCUAACCUGCCACUCACUAUGCACCUCAGUGCCAUUUAUGUUAUUAAUGUGACCAAUAGGACAGUACUGUUUUUAUUUGUGUUCACUGUGCCACCUGCCAACACCUUCAUGUAAGGCUCCUUUGUGUACAUGUACAAUUGAUUGUGUAUAAUACAUAUUAAACUAAAUAUGAUCUGA